CCGCGCGCGGCUCCUUGGACCGGAAGUGAGGGCGACCUGUCGCGGGCCGCGCCCGGCCUUGCUCAACGCCUGCUAGUCCCCGCCGUCGCCUUCGCCCUCGGCCUCCGCUGAGGCUUCCCGCACCCGCCAUGUCCGCCAGCGCCGUCUACGUGCUGGACCUGAAAGGCAAGGUGUUCUCUGAGUACUUCAAGGAGCUGGAGGAGGAGAGCAUCCGCGACAACUUUGUCAUCAUCUACGAGCUGCUGGACGAGCUCAUGGACUUCGGCUACCCCCAGACCACCGACAGCAAGAUCCUGCAGGAGUACAUCACCCAGGAGGGACACAAGCUGGAAACAGGGGCCCCACGGCCCCCAGCCACCGUCACCAACGCAGUGUCCUGGCGGUCCGAAGGCAUCAAGUACCGGAAGAACGAGGUGUUCUUGGAUGUCAUCGAGUCCGUCAACCUUCUGGUCAGCGCCAACGGGAACGUCCUGCGGAGCGAGAUCGUGGGCUCCAUCAAGAUGCGGGUCUUCCUGUCGGGCAUGCCCGAGCUGCGCCUGGGCCUCAACGACAAGGUCCUCUUCGACAACACGGGCCGCGGCAAGAGCAAGUCCGUGGAGCUGGAGGACGUGAAGUUCCACCAGUGCGUGCGGCUCUCACGCUUCGAGAACGACCGCACCAUCUCCUUCAUCCCGCCCGACGGCGAGUUCGAGCUCAUGUCCUACCGCCUCAACACCCACGUCAAGCCCCUGAUAUGGAUCGAGUCGGUGAUCGAGAAGCACUCCCACAGCCGCAUCGAGUACAUGAUCAAGGCCAAGAGCCAGUUCAAGCGGCGGUCGACGGCCAAUAACGUGGAGAUCCACAUCCCCGUGCCCAACGACGCCGACUCGCCCAAGUUCAAGACCACGGUGGGGAGCGUCAAGUGGGUCCCCGAGAACAGCGAGAUCGUGUGGUCCAUCAAGUCCUUCCCGGGCGGCAAGGAGUACCUGAUGCGGGCCCACUUUGGCCUGCCCAGCGUGGAGGCCGAGGACAAGGAGGGCAAGCCCCCGAUCAGCGUCAAGUUCGAGAUCCCCUACUUCACUACCUCCGGCAUCCAGGUGCGCUACCUGAAGAUCAUCGAGAAGAGUGGCUACCAGGCCCUGCCCUGGGUCCGUUACAUCACGCAGAACGGAGAUUACCAGCUCCGGACCCAGUGAGGGCCGCGGCCAACGCCCACCCUGACCUCGCGCUCCUGGUGGGAGCUCGGGGGUGCUUCUGCCAAGCCUGCCGGCUGGAGGGGUGCUCCCUGGACUCUGUGCCCUCGGCCUCCACCCAGGGACCCUCCCUCUCCACGCCGCUCGCCCGGACGCUGUCUCACAAGCCCCCUUUGCCGGAAGAGGCCGGUCUCGGGAAGCCUCGUCUGCACCCCUGAAGGCCGUCGGGGAAGGGCCUCGAGUCCUGUGUGCUGUCCGGCUCCCAGGCACCAAAAAGUGCACCCAACGGCCAGACCCGGCCGCCCCGCCAUCGCCAGCCACGCCUCGCCCGGCCAGCAGGGGCGCCCCUUCGUUGCCAUGUUGUCUGACACGCAGUUCCUGGGGCUGUCGCCCGCCCCAGCCGCGGCCCGCCCACCCUGGGUCUCCGCAGCACUUAGUGAGGACGGGCCCUCCUCCCAGCAGCCCCAGGUCGGGCGCGAACCGGUGUCCUGGGCGGCUGCUCCCCAAGGCCCCUGGCCAGCCUCCGCAGGCCCUGCCCGAGGCGCCUUUCCAGGGCCAGCCCGGCCAUAAGCUGUCACUCAGCCAGAUCAGUGUUCCCUGCCAGGGGAGCUGGGGCCCAGCCAGGCUGUGGGCUUUGGCCUUCCUCCCUCCGAGGGGCGGGCGGGGGGCUGCGUGUCACCCACGGCUGUGCUGGAUCACCCCGCCACUCAGCCUUGUCUGUGUUCCUGUCAUAGUUACAUUAAAUUCCUUUCAGUACAUG